AUGAGGUUCUCAUUCGCUCUCGUCGGCGCGGCUUUCCUCUUCAACCCUUCCAUCGGUGCACCCACUGUGGACAAUGCCCUUGAGGGUCCUCCAGCUGGUGGAGAACCCAGCGAUGCUGACAUAAGGGAGAACAUGAAUACCAUAGCAAAAGACAGCUGUAUCUUCUACGCGAAGGUAGGUUCUGAGGCACAAGUCACGAAAAAGCGUGACGAGCGGGAUUAUCUCAGUGGUUAUAAGAUCUUGGAAGACACAUGGAAGGACCGGGGUUACCCCGGCAGAGCCAUUGCAGGAAUACCGGGUAGCAGAAGGGAAAGGCCUAAUAAGUUCUUUCGUAGGGCCUCCAGGGUUCUUGCUGAGGAUUGUUCCGGGAUCGUCUAUGUCUUUCUACCCGAGGGCAGUGGCAGUGACUGGUCAGAUGAUCUUUACAAAGGCUCCAUCUGGAAGGAUGACGAGUGGCCAGCUCUGGUAGCAAAUGGCGGCGUUUCCAAGGUUAUCCGUCUCGACUGGAACGACAAAGGUAAACAGGAUACCAUCAAAGGCAGCUCUUCAAAGCGUGCCGUGGCCGCCAUUGAGGCGCGUGAUCAAAACGAUAAGUGUGCCAUUUCGCUUACCCAGUGGGACAACGACCGCGUCGACGGACCCGGAGAUCGAUUCGAGGUCGAAUUCGAUGUGACCAACGGCAAUGGCGAUAUCCUAGGACACCAGGUCCGCGUCUCUAUCGGCGACUGGAACCCGUUGAGCUGGUUGAGCGGCAAGCUGUCUACUGGCCUCAUCGUCAUCCCCGGCGGCGGCAAUGUUGGCUUCUGGUACCACGGUCGUUACUGGAGUACCCAAGACAGUAACUGCCAGUUGGGUAACUGGGUCGAUGACGCAAACAACGCCCGCCACCGCGGAAUCAACUGCAAAUUCCAAUGUUAG